ACUGUUUCAUAGGAGCGCAUUUUUGGCGACGUAAAGGUCUACAUUACGGCCACGGGCUGAAUACAUUUACACACCAUUAUUCUAAAACUAAAAGGCAGAAAGUACAACUUACAUCCAACAAUACAUGAUGGCAUCAAUAUGUUCAGAGUCUGGCACAAUUCAUGGUUCGUCGGGGGCCCAGGAGUCUAAUCGUUCAUUGCAGGAAAGCCAACUAUGUGUUCCAACUCGGACUGGCUUUGAAGAAAACGUUGAAGAGAGAAAGAGGUCCCAGAUACCAGAAGAGAAUGGUAAUUCUAGCCUCAUUCAAGCACGGCUUGCUCAAGGGAAGCAACAUCAACAUCAAGUGGAAUAUCAGCAGUGCCAACAACAACAGCCGUCUAAUCAAGAAUUAGAGUUAAUGGACAUUACGGGUUCACAUGCGUUACAGCCAAACUCUUUAUCGGCCCCAACAUCCUUCGGUACCACGACACCACCCUGCCUUUUGCCGCCGCUCACUGACAACAUUAAUAAUGGCAAAUGGGUUCCAGCCCUAGAUCUUUCACGGCAUCCCUGUCAUGAUCAAGAACUUUUACCUUACUGCUUCGAUCAGUCCUCUAUUCAAAACCUAGACAAUCCUCUCGACUUCCACGCUCCAACUUCCUCUCCUUUUCCCUCGGGCUUCCAAUCUGCCCAUUCAUUAUCUAGGUCUGUUCCGAUCCCUCAACUGCCUUGUUCUGCAGAAUGUUUGGUCGAACCAUCUCCUUUUUUUUGUUCUGUACCUUGCUCUCCAAUCCACCUUUCUCCCAAACAUCCUCUUUCUCCUCUCUUUCCUCAUCCUCAUCCUUCUCCUUCUACUUGUGCCCCCUCACCUCUUCUUCCUUCAACUCCUGCUCACCCUAUCGCCUUUUCACAGUGCUUGCCACAACCCACAUCUCUGAGUUCACUCGACCUUCCUGAUAGCGCAAAACUUGUAGGCGUUUGCAUCAACACCCAAGGUAACUUGAUAUCUGUUGGAGCGACUGUGUCUGCAGAGCCAUCUUCAAACUUUUUAGGCCCCGAUAUCCGAUCGAGCACUUUCACUGUCAAUAGUCCUAGUUUAGGCUUUGGAUCAGGUUCAGAUCCAGGCACAGAUUCGGACUCGCAUUGCACCUUCUCGAUCGCAUCACAGUUAGACACACAUCCAUUACCAACCACACUUCACUACUGCCCCUCUGUAUCCGGUAUUCAAUCACCACAACCACGCGAGCGACCGCUCUCUUCCAUUUCCGAACAUUCCAUAAUCCCAGCAUUACUACCAGCCCCCUUGUCUUCAUUCUCAAUCGGGCCAUGUCCAAGUCAAUCGAAUGAGUCUUUUUGUCCAUCGCAUUCGCGUCGUCAUUCCAGCUUAACUAAUCCGAUAGUGGGCAUUUACGAGUCAGCUUCUCAGACAAUUAGUAAGGGAUUUCAUUAUUUCCUUUUUCUUCCCUCUUUUGUACUUUUGUUUCCAUGCAGAUUAUAAAAAGUGGAUAUUUAUAAACAAGAGUUGCAUUGUUGUCCAUCCUUCACUUCCUUGGUGACUAAAUCGCUCGUUCUCAUCUACUUUUGUCUGUUCUAUUUCCUUCUUGAUCCUUCACUGCCAUUUGUCCCACUGGAACCCUGCACUGUGCCUUCCUUGUUGCUCGACUAAUUG